UCUUUGUAACGUUUUUUUACCGACAUUUGCGCGGCGUCGCUGCAACUGUCAUGUCCGCCGAUAAAGUGCACCAACAACGGAGAGAACAUGAAAACGUACAGUAGGAAACAGAAACCGGGAGAGGUCCAGGAGAUAAUUGUUGAUGUAAAUGAGAUCUGUAGGUUAUGUAUGGCCCGAGAGGACGAACUCGUCUCCAUUUUCAACAAUGACGAUCCCCCGUUGGCUUUACGAAUCAUGGCUUGCGUUUCCCUCGAGGUUUUUGAAGGUGAUGGACUCCCAGAUAAAAUAUGCCACCCUUGUCGGUAUCAAUUGGAAAAAUCGUAUACAUUUCGUAAAAAAUGUGAAACUUCCGACAUGAAGCUUCGCCUCCACUUAAAAGUUUUGAACAACACCGAAGAAGAUACAUCCUCAGAAGUGGAUAAAGAACCAAUGAUACAGGAGAAAGAACCAGCAGAAAUAGAUAAUGUAGAUGUCCACACAGAAGAAGAUUUAGUAGGGGUAACUCAAGUGGCUUACAUCCAACCGGAAGAUAACGAACCUGAGGAGGCCCCCGAAAACAUCACAUUACCCCAAGAUGUUGAAGAUGUAAACAAAGAAGCUUGUACCAUAAACACUGAAGUGAGUCUUAAAAAAGAAGUAAUCGAUGCAGAACAAGAAGAUGAAAAUUUAUUUUUAAUGGAAAGUCAAUACGACCAACAAGAUGAAGAACAAGUUAUUGGAGAUCAAGAUUUAGAGGCGAUAGCGGAAGCUGUUAAAAACACUUUGGCUUCUCACCCAAAUUUAAAUUUAACCGGGGAGCUUCAAAUGAAAGUUGAUCAACAUCCAGGAAAACCAACCCAAGUUCAAGUUACAACAGAGGAUGGGUCAGUUAUUUUAAUGGAAUUAUUAACAGAAGAAGAUCAAGAACCUGUUGCGAUAGAAUCUCCAAGAGAAUACAACGAAGAUGGAGAAUUAAAAGUUUUUCAAUGUCCGAAUUGUCCAAAAUCAUUUGCAAGACGGAUUCAAUUACGAAGACACGCUUCCGUGCAUAUGCAACAACGCGGUUAUAGUUGUGGUAUUUGUGAAAAAUGGUUUCCAACUCGAUCUGCUUUAAUUAGACACGAACGAAUCCAUACGGGAGAACGCCCCUUUCAAUGCGAGGUUUGCCAGAAAAGUUUUGCUCAAAAAGAAAUUUUAUUCCGCCAUUUAAUGACGCAUACAGGUCAAAAACCUUAUAGUUGCCCCCAUUGUCCUAAAGGAUUUACACAAAAAGAACCGCUUAGAGUACAUCUUCGGACACAUCUUAACACAAAUCCCACUGAUAUUCAAUUACAUUAUUGUACUUUGUGCCCUAAAGUUUUUUGUCACGCAUCUGGGUUGAGUAGGCAUUUGGUGACACAUACAGGAAAAAUGUUUAAAUGUCGUGAUUGCGAUAAAGCAUUUACAGAUAAAUCUUCAUUGAGGAGACAUCAUCGACAAGCGGCUCAUCAACCCUAAAAAAUAGAAAAAAAAAGAUGUUUUAAUGAAACUUUUUGUUAAUUUAGAGAUUUGAUUUCUUAUUAUUUUUAUGGCGUGAAUGAAUUGGUAAAAAAUUAGUGUAAGUUAGGAAAGUAAUGAUAAAAAAAAUAAAAUAAUUUUUUAAUUAUCCCAA